UGUCAUGGCGAAGAAACACCAAUUCUGAUUCUGGUUCUGUUUAAUUAAUAGAAAUGUUACCCUUAUAUGUAUUUAUUUAAAAUGAACAGAUUGAAUUUAGAUUUAACUAAUUUUCUGCAGGUCAUGCACAGGUGUAGAAAAUGGUCAACAACAUCCUCAAAUACAUGAUAAACAAAUGAUUAGGGAACUAUAAAUACAAUUAUGUAGCCCAACAUAAUCCUUGUGUAUAUGACUAUGAUAUAAACAUUAACUUCAAAAUAGGCCUGGUUUACUUUCGAUUAAAUUACUUAUUUGGUUUCUUUGAUUGGUUUAUGAAAGUGUUUCCAUUUCUGGAGUAGGCUCCACAAAUCCAGAGACCACAUUUAGGCCGACCAUGGAUGGAGACAUCUGUAAAACAUGUCUAAACAUGACGAGGUCCUGCUAUUGUGUUUGGUUUCCAGAACGGAACUUGCUUCUCGGGGAGACAAAAGUAACAUUCUGCUACAGAUUAUUAUUUCCGUCUUCAGUCUGUUCACUAAACAGGAUACAGGAGUUUGAACGUUCAAUUUGAAUUCCCACCACUCUGUGUUUUUGCAUUGAGUAGACAGCCUCAUGGAAUUUUAAUGUAUCUGCCAAUGGAGCAUAUUGAUAUGAAUUGUAAUCUAUAGUUGAUCAUUUGUAGCAAUAAUGUUCUUAAAUCUUUUACUACUGCUCCACAUCUGUGGGUCAAUGGGAACCACAGACAACAUUGCUGCAAGUCUAUGUUCAUCUGAAGCCUGUUUUACCUUACACAUGGAAAAAGUGAUCUUUGAGGAUGCUCGACAGAAAUGUGAAGACAAUGGAGGUUACUUAUUUACAACUAAGAACAACACCGAGAAAGCACAGUUCCAAUCAAUUCUUUCUCAUCUUGAUAGAAAAAAUCGACGAUGGGACCUAACAUUUUGGAUCGGAUUAAAAUUAAGCAAAGGGGAGUGCGUUACAGAUAGAUCAAGUCUGAAGGGCUUUAAGUGGAUAUCCGGCAUGAACUUUGACCAGUAUUCAAACUGGGACAGGGAGCCCCUCCGUACAUGUACAGAAGACAGGUGUGUCACAAUAAAUUAUGAUGUAUCAAGCAACAGCGAGUUGAAAUGGACAGAUGGAUCAUGCAAGGAUACAGCUUUUUAUGCAUGCAAGUUCUACUUCAAAGAGAUGUGCAAACCUCUGUCAUUGGCAAGACAAGGAAAAAUAUACUACACUCCACCUUUUUCCAAAACCCCUUUAAAUGAAGGUAAUAGUCUGAAUUAUUUGCCAAAAGGGACAUUUGCUAAGGUAAUGUGCGGUGAUGACAGUAGUUCACAGAUUUUCACCAUUUGUAAAGCAAUGAACACCUGGACUGUAACUGGUCCAUUUUGUGCAUCAGACAACCAAAGUUGCGACUUUAAAAAUGGUGGAUGUGACCAUUUGUGCUUGGGUGUAAAAGCUGGUGGCGUACGCUGCGAAUGCAAGGAUGGCUUUGAACUGGGAAAUGACCAAGUAUCUUGUGAAGCAAAAGACUAUUGCCACGGUUCCCCAUGCCAAUAUCAAUGCAAAACAAGUGGCGCAGGCUUUUCAUGUGUAUGCCCAAAGGGUCUCCAACUGGACAAAGACUUAAUUGGAUGUGUUGAUAUUAAUGAAUGCCAGAUGCAGGCCUGUGAGGAUCAUGAUUGUGUCAACACGCAAGGUAGCUACAUGUGCGAGUGUAGGGUGGGCUACAAAAUGGUUGGUGGCAAAUGUCACGACUUAGACGAGUGUACUGAAUCUAGAUGUUCUCAGAUAUGUUUGAACUCCCAAGGGUCAUUCUCCUGCCAUUGUAAUGCUGGUUUUACUGCAUCAGAAGAUGGACAUGCCUGUAUAGACGUUGAUGAAUGCCUUAAUAAUGUACGAUGUGAGUACAAAUGCAAAAAUACUAUAGGCGGUUUCACGUGCUUGUGUCCUAAUAACUUUAGAUUACAUCAGAAUGGACUUACAUGCAUUGAAGAUUUAACAAUUGAUUCCACUGCUGAACCAACAGGGAGUCGUUCAAUCUCAGUGACUCAUGGCAAGACAAUAGAAUCUCAAACCAUGUCUGAUGAAUUAAAAACCAAACAUGCGUACACAGACGCACCCCCAUCAGACAAUGUGAGCAUGCAUGAGCAGCCUCUUGGCAAAGUUACUUUGGAAACAAAUGCUCCGAACAGCAAAACAUUUAAUUCCAGGCUGUUGGUAUGGUACGCUAUUGGUUCAGUUGUUCCACUAGUUCUUUUAAUUGCAGUAACCAUUGGUAUAGUUAUAUUUCGAUGGGAUCGUUCUAAAAGAAACAUAAAGAAGAAAAACUUAACUGCUGAUAGCUAUUGUUGGGUUUCCUCUGGUUUAGAAACUCAGUUAGAAAGACUGAAUGGAUCAGUGUUGACAGACAGAUGACCUCUAAUGAUAUGACAUUUGUGAAAGCUGUUCCUUCUAGCUCUAUUUAUAGCAUCUUUUUAAAUACAAUUUUCUUUACAAAAAUACAUUUUUCAGAUAUUUCCUUGAUUGUCUGUGUACAUCUUCUUUUUUUAUGUGUGUCUGUAGGUAUUUAGUAAGAUAGAUAAAAAAAGAGUGUUGUAAAUUUGAACAAUUCCAAUUAGGCUCACAUAAACACACGAAUGUGUGUGUAAAAAGGUGAAGUUUAUAAACAUCCAAAUGUCACACGUUAUGACAUAAGUCUUUAUGUAGCAAAAUAAAAAGAUUUCAUUUGACAGCAGAGGGCGGAGCCUAAACAUAUGACUUAACUGCACUAUCUAUCUAUAAUUCCAGAAAUCUGUGUUUGUCACCAACAUCUUACUCAUCGAUGGCAUCACAGGCACUGUGCCCUAUCUAUAAUUCGAAUAAUCUGUGUGUGUGUGUUCUACUGACAUAUUAUUCACUGACUGCAUCACAAGCACUGUGCACUAGUUUGAAACAGUUAUGUCAAAAUGUUUUUUCAGUGUUCGAUACAUGCUCUGCGUAGGGACAUCUGCUGGUCAAUUCAUGGUAUGGCGACUAUGUCGAGUGAUUGAAGGAACGGAGUGAAGUAAAGUCAUUAGUCUAACAAUUGUCAUUGACAAUUUGAUAAAUAAAUGUUAUGUGACAAAUUUUUUGAUGUGUACGUUUCUAAAAUAUGUUAUCAUAACUUUUGGUUUGGUUUAAACAACAUUACCUCUUUGCUUUAGAAAAGGUGUUGCCUGUGUGGCAUGACAUUCUAUUAUACUAUAUGUCUAUAUUGUACUGUGUUGAAAUGAUAAAUAAAGCCAGCUUGAACUGGUGUGCUGCUUGAACUUUGUGUUACACUGUAUGUCUGUACUAUGCAACUCAUGAUGAAAUGACAAAUAAAGCGAACCUGAAUGUGUAGCAGCUGUCGAGUUGUGUAAUUUUGUGUGGUUUGGGUGUUGAAGUGAGUCACUGUGUGUUGCAAGCUGAAAAUGACGGUGGUACAGGGUGUAAAUAAAGCUUCUCUCCUCUGGACUGGAACAGACUGCACAAAGGUUCAGCAUAUGGUAUACACCACCCACCUGUGUUUCCCUACCUACAAUAACAACAUCAGUCACCAAACAAUUGUAACAAUCUGUCAAAGAAGUUAGUCAGAUAGCUAUUUGCCAACCAAGCACGUACCUGCCAACCCAA